AGAAAACUCCCCCUUCUUCACUUUAGAAAACUACGCAGCAUAUUUCCUCUCUCCUCCCGCCGGCAGCCGCGACUGCCUAGCCGGAAAUCCACCUCGAUCUCGCCGUUAACAGCGAUUAUUUCUCUCUACUAGCCGAUCGCACUGGUUAAAUUUGUCUAGCACGAUCAACCUAUUCAUUCUCUCUCCUGCUAUAAAUAAUUUGAUACCUACAUAUAUACACAAGCUAAUUGAUGGAGGAUUGGAUGAGUUGUGAAGAAGAUUACGACAGUUCUGAUCGAGAAUCGCCGGACGGAUUCGAGAACGAAGAUUCUGACUCCCACUGGAUGCCGUUUAAAGGCCCUUCCAGCAAGGUAAUCACGAAAGAGUCUCUCUUGGCUGCACAGAAGGAAGAUCUGCGAAGAGUAAUGGAAGUGCUAUCUCUACAAGAACAUCAUGCACGAACCCUGCUUAUCCAUUACCGAUGGGAUGUUGAGAAGGUCUUAGCAAUCCUUGUGGAAAAAGGGAGAGCUUUGUUGUUUGCUGAAGCAGGUGUAACUGUGGGUGAAAAUAAAGAUUCUGAUAUGCCAGGAUCUUCCUCUACAGUAUUGUGCAAUGUAUGCAUCGAAGAAUUUCCUGGAAAUGAGGUGACUAGCAUGGAUUGCGGCCAUUGUUUUUGCAACAACUGUUGGACUGAGCAUUUUAUUGUGAAGAUAAAUGAGGGUCAGAGUAAGCGGAUCAGGUGCAUGGCACACAAAUGCUUUGCUAUUUGCGAUGAAACUGUUAUAAGAAAUCUAGUUAGUAAGAGACACCCUGAUUUGGCAGAGAAAUUCGAUCGUUUUCUUCUUGAAUCAUACAUUGAAGACAACAAGAUGGUCAAAUGGUGUCCCAGUGUUCCUCAUUGUGGGAAUGCAAUACGUGUUGAGGAUGAUGAGUUUUGUGAGGUCGAAUGUUCGUGCAGCUUACAAUUUUGUUUUAAUUGCUUGUCAGAAGCACAUUCACCUUGCUCAUGCUUAAUGUGGGAGCUUUGGACGAAGAAGUGUCGAGAUGAAUCAGAAACUGUGAAUUGGAUUACAGUCAACACAAAGCCUUGUCCUAAGUGUCACAAACCCGUAGAAAAAAACGGUGGUUGCAACUUAGUUAGCUGCAUUUGUGGCCAAGCAUUUUGUUGGCUAUGUGGUGGAGGUACAGGCCGAGACCAUACUUGGUCCUCUAUAGCUGGUCAUAGCUGUGGUCGCUAUAAAGAAGACCGGGAAAAAAAGGCUGAGCGUGCAAAGCGAGACCUUUAUCGUUACAUGCAUUACCAUAACCGUUAUAAAGCUCAUACUGAUUCCUUUAAGCAAGAAUCUAGACUCAGGGAGACUAUCAGGGAAAAGAUAUCCAACCUGGAAGCAAGAGAUUCAAGAUUGAGAGAUUUCAGCUGGGUGACAAAUGGACUGUACAGGCUCUUUAGAUCAAGGCGUGCACUUUCAUUUUCAUACCCGUUUGCUUUCUAUAUGUUUGGUGAUGAAUUGUUCAAAGAUGAGAUGACAAAAGAGGAAAGAGAAAUAAAACAACAUUUAUUUGAGGACCAGCAGCAGCAGCUUGAGGCGAAUGUAGAGAAGCUAUCCAAGUACAUUGAGGAGCCAUUUGAUGAGUACGAGGAGAAAAAGAUUAUGGACAUAAGGAUGCAAGUAAUAAAUAUCUCUGUUAUAACUGAUACCCUCUGCAAGAAGAUGUAUGAAUGUAUUGAGAAUGAUUUAUUGGGUCCUCUCCAGUUCUCUGUUCACAACAUAGCUCCAUAUCAGUCAAAAGGCAUUGAGAAGGCAGUAGAGCUUACCAUUGGACGGAGCAGCAAAACCAAUGUCAAUCAACAUCCAGAAUCAGACAAUCAGACAAAUGGAUGGAAUACAGAAUCAGAUCAACCAUCAGCCUCUGGGACCUCUGAUGAGAGUGGAUGUCCUUCAAGGAAGCGUGCCAGAAAGGGAAGCUUUGGUUGCAGCCUGAUUGAUCUUAACUUGCCGGCGGAGGCAAUUGACAGGAAUUAAUCCUCAGUGGCUCUUUAUAUUGCAAUUGUACAGCUCUAAUUUAAACCGCAACUUCAUCUGACUGAGAUGACCAUUCUGUGGGUGUGGCAAAAUUACUCUGCCGCUUUUGUUUCUCUUAGUUUUGUCUGUUGAAUAGUUUUGGGUUACUAUUGAAGAGAAACCUAGGAACUGGACUGCUAAGCAACUUUCUCCUCUUGGAAAAUCGUUAUGGUGUACAUAGCCUUUUAGCGGGGCUUUUGUUGGUACUGAAUUGUGCAUAGUUAUUGGGAUGCUUCUAAGACGGGAGUCGAGGUCGACCAAUUUCUUAUUGAUUAAUAAUGACAUUCAGAGAUUCUUUCAAUGUUUAA